CUGUCUCGUCGUAGUCUUUGUUUGGAACCGGUAUUUUUGGUGAACUGGUUGAAGAGGCAACAGCUCAGCUGCUCAACCUCAGCCAACUCAGAUGUUCCCGUUGCACGAUUCGAACGGCGGCGAAUCGCAAAAAAUUGGGAGGGAGAGGUCGAGUGCGAACGCCUCCUCCUCGCCGCCACCGCCACCGCCGCCGCCACCACCACAACCGGCGUCUCGUCGGCUAUAAAACCCUACCCCUUCUAGUCUUCCCGUCGCCACCAGCCGCCUCGCUGAAACCCUAAACCUCUCUCCCCGUUAGGUCUCCCCCAGCGCCCCGACGAUGGCGGAGGACGCACCGCCUGCAGCCCCUGUGAUGACGCCGGAGGAAGUGCAGGCUGAGACCGAGCUGCGGAUGCGCGACAUAGGCCAGCGCUUUGGUGCUAUCCCAGAGGACCCCGACGAGCUGCUCCGGUUACUCGAAGAAGCCGAAAUCUGGUUGUCCAGGGUGGAUCAAUCUCCGCCCGAGAGCAUGUACAAUGCUCUUCGCCCCACCAUGGCUGUUUUGAUUACAAAUGAGCUACUGGAGCACCCUGAUCCCAACGUGAAGGUUGCUCUCACCUCUUGCUUAACAGAAGUUACCAGGAUUACUGCGCCAGAGGCCCCCUAUGAUGAUGAUGUUAUGAAGGACGUGUUUAAGAGAGUCGUAGAGACUUUUGCUGAGUUGGAUGAUAUGAACAGCCCCUCCUUUGCAAGGAGGGUUUCGAUCCUUGAUUCUGUUGCAAGGGUUCGUUGUUGUGUUCUGAUGUUGGAUCUUGACUUGGACCAUAUGAUACUGGACAUGUUCCGCCAUUUUUUUAAAACUGCCUCCACCAAGCAUUCAGAACAAGUCACCCACUGUAUGGAAAUUAUAAUGAUGUUUGUAAUUCAGGAGAGCGAUGAUGUCCAUGCUGAACUGGCAUCAUUCCUUCUUCAGAACCUUACAAAAGAAGCACAAGAAACUCUCCCGGCAUCUUUUGGACUUGCAGAGAGGGUACUAGGCCUAUGCAGGGACAAGCUCAAACCAGUGUUUCAUGAGUUACUUAAGGCCACUCUCUUGGAUGAAUACAGCAAUGUUGUUACGAUGUUGUUCCAAGAUGCUUCAGAUGCUGGAGAGAACAAUGUCGAUGCAUCAGGAAAAGACAUGGCAGCUGAAGGUAAACUUUCUGAAAAGUCUGUUUCUGAUGAGUCACGACAGGAAACUUCAAAGGUAGACCGAAAUGUCAAUUGCCUAGGCCAAGAAGGUACUAGCCCAAGUAGUACUCCAACAACUGCCAUUAGCAAUGGUGGUGCUCCGAUUGACAAUGUCAAGUCUCCAGAUGAACCAGAUUCUUCAAAACAGAAGCAAGAACUGACUUCUGGUGACGAACAGACACCAGAUUCUUCUAAACAGAAGCAAGAACUGACUUCUGGUGAUGAGCAGACACCAAAUUCUUCUAAACAGAAGCCAGAACUGACUUUUCUUGACAAGCAGACCAAAAGUUCUGAGCAAUUGGUAUCUUGUGAUGUAGAAGUACAAGAACCAGUGACUGUUGGAACUGAAAAGCUAUCUGAUAUCAAUUCAAAGAAAGAUCACAAGCUUGGUUCUUCCACCGGAUCUGAGAUGACUGAACAACCCAAGGUUGUUAAAGACAAUGAGAGUCUAGUAGCAUCUGAGUUAUCCCCAGAGACAAAUGAUGGUGAUAAAAAGCAGCUAACAGAGUCUGGCAAUAUAACUGCUGACGAAUCAUCAAAACCAAUCGAUACUAAACCUGCUUCUGUUAAACCAAAGAGGGGCCGACCUCCAGCAGCAAAGUCUCAGGAGAAAAAGCCUGUUGGAAAGAAACAGGCAUCAAACCUAAAAUCUCCAAAACUUGAUCCUGUCACUGAUUCUGUAGGGAGAGCUACCAGGCAACUGAAUAAUGAUGUUGCAAAGUCUUCAUCAACUAAGGCUGUUGAUGGAGAAUCUGGGAAGAAGCAACAUAAAACCAGUAUGAAAUUUCAGAAAGAAGAUGCCGCCUCUGAUAAAGACACCGAUGAUGAUAUUAGUUUGAAGGAAAUGGUGUCCCCAACAAGGAUUGAUAAAUCAAAAGGCCAACAAGAAGAUAGAGGGACGUCAUCAAAAAGGAAACGUCUGCUGGAAGCUCAAGAUACCCCUGUAUCGAAGAAAAACAAAAUGCUUGACAAAAACCUUAUUGGCUCAAGAAUUAAAGUUUGGUGGCCAGAUGACAAAAUGUUUUAUGCGGGUGUUGUUGAAUCAUUCGAUGCCUCGUCAAAGAAGCACAAGGUUUCGUAUGAUGAUGGUGAUGUUGAGGUACUAGCUCUUAAGAAGGAAAGAUGGGAGUUCAUUGCUGAGGAACAAGGCGCUGAUCCUGAUGUGGCAUCUAAUAUGCCACGUGGCAGGAAAGCUAAAGGGAGCUCGGUUCAACAAAUGGAGGGAAAAACAGGAACACCUCAAAGUGAUGUUAAGAAUUCUCCCAAGAAGAGAGGGCGCCCAAAAGGUGUGCGCUCCAGCAAUAAUAUGCCAAAUGCUGAUAGCUCUGUGACUCCAGCCAGACUGAAGGGAAAAAGUGUCGAGAAGGAUACUGAAGAGACACCUAAGACUGGCAGUAACUCUAAGAAGGAAGGUGCAAAACCCUCUCGAUCUACUGGAAAGGCUAAGGAUUCUGUUGUCAAGGCAAGCAGCAAGGAUGAGGCUGAUAGCACCGACAACUCAAAGGAUGCUGCUGCCAGUGAAGACAAGGAUUCAAAAGAUGAAGUGAAAUCCAGUGAAGCUAUCGAUGGAUCCAAGACAAAUGGCCUUUCAACCAAAAGGAAGCCAGAUGAGAAUGAAGGUGAGUCAUCAGAGGAGGAGAAGGCGUCUACUAAAACUACUACCAGAAAGAAGCGCAGAAGAAAGAGCCGCAACUAGUUGCCCAGAAGCUAUGCAGCUCAUCAUCUAAGUGGCGUUCCGCCCUUGCAGUCUCAAGUCUCAAAGAUGUUGGCAUGAGGCAUGCCAUGUACUGUACGCUUUAUAUUCACUGGACCGGUUACCAGCUUAGCGCUUUGGUAGUUGGCCAUUAUGAGUCAGCUCGUAGUUAUAGCAGUCUUAAACUCUCAAUAGGAGCUGUAAUGUUUGGUCUUACUUUUUUUUUGUUUCUCCUUGCCAACGGCUGUGCCUCUGGCAAAAAUGGAUUUGAUUCUUGCUUGGGUUCAAGCUUUUGUGUUAAAACGUGAUGCAGUUUGAGUUAUCUGCUGGCAAACAGAAAUACGUUCCUCUUA